AUGGCCGCUCGCAACCCAAUGGAUAACAUGAAGUCCACAUGGCGUACAUGGGACCGAGACCAAUGGAAACUGCCUCACAAAAUUUUUGAGCACGCCGAUGUUUACCAUGUCGAAUUGGAUCGAGAAGUUCCAGUCCAUUCCAAGCAAGACAAGGUGCCCUACGUCUCAGACUGGUCACUAAACCUCUGGGUGAUCGUGAAUGCCGGAAUUCCUAUGGUCAUCCACCAGAUCUUCACCUCGGUGACGGGGUAUAACCUUCACCCGCUUGUCGCCCUGGCAUACUAUUAUUAUGCGUCACGAUGGUUCACAACAAGGGAACUCCGAAACCUCCGAGAACUCGGCCAUAUCCACGGAUUCCUAGAUGGCGACAAACACGAGCGGGACGGGGUGCCUGACGUUGGUGUAUCCAAGGCUUUGAUAUCCGUGCUGUUGGCUGGCGGACUCCGCCCAGUUAUGACAGUGUGGCUCACCUACCGCGCGAAUGAAGCUCCAGCUUCAUUGAACUGGUUCUGGCUUCCAAUAGAAGCCGGUCUUUACGGCAUCAUUCUUGACUUCUGGUUCUAUUGGUACCACCGUCUUAUGCACGACGUCAAUGAGCUCUGGAAGUUCCACCGCACCCACCACCUCACAAAGCAUCCCAAUCCGCUGCUCACCAUCUACGCGGACUCGGAGCAGGAAUUCUUCGACAUUCUGGGUAUUCCGUUGAUGACGUGGUUCACAAUGAAACUGAUAGGAAUGCCCAUGGGGUUCUACGAGUGGCAUGUUUGUCAACUAUACGUUUUGUUCGCCGAGUUGGCCGGACACAGUGGUCUCCGUCUGCAUGCAUCUCCGCCAAGCCCCUUGACGUGGCUGAUGAAGAUAUUCGAUGCUGAGCUAGUCAUUGAAGAUCAUGAUUUGCAUCAUCGUCAAGGCUGGAAGAAGAGUCACAACUAUGGAAAGCAGACAAGAGUCUGGGACCGGGUCUUUGGAACAUGCGCCCCUCGAAUUGAGAGCACAGACGCGAAUACUGAUUACGACAACAUUGUUAGCAUGCCGCUUUUAUAG